AUGGUACUCAAAUUUUCCAAUGUAUCAUUAGCUCUUGCAGCCUCUCUUUUUGUUACACAGGCUACUUUAAUAUAUCUUUGGAUGUAUAAGUAUAGCCUCUUAUUUUUAAUUUUUUUAAUUGGAGAUGGCUUAUUACUUCUGAAUUUUCUCUUGAGGAGACAUGAGAACAAUAGUGCAACAGCAGGUGGUUUACAAUGGUUUUGGUAUAGUUUGGUAUUAACUUUGAAGACAAUAUUUCUUGUGUGGUACAAACCUGAUGAAUUGUCUAUGAAUAUGUCUUUAAAAUACUCAUUACCUUAUCCAAUAUUUCCUACAUCAGUUUUCCCUAUAAUUCUAUUUAUUACUCCAGCCAUAUAUAUAUUAUUAUCAUUUAGAGCAGCUCCUCAACUAUAUGGAUCACCAAUUUAUGUACUAUCUACAGAGGGUUUGUUACAUUCAGACUUAGUAACUCAUGUAUUGUUAGAUUUAAUUGAUAUAGUGGUACAAAUACAACAUGAACAAUAUCCAAUAUCCGUUAUUAUAAAUUCACCUUGGAUAUAUCUUUAUGCAGGGAUGAUUUUGAUUAUAGUACUAUUUUUCCAUGGAUUGUCAUUUCCAACAAGUGGUAGUGGUGAAUAUACACCUUUUUAUCAUAAAGGAGGAGAUGUUUAUAUUGUUCGUAAGCAUGCUGCAUUAGUUGGAAUAUUUCUUGUUGAUAUUCCAUUGUUAAUUCUUCGAAUUUAUAUAUGGUUAACAUUCCCUGUAAUUCCUGGCUUUAAUCCCUGGAUUAUGAAGAAUCUUUUAUUUAUUCCCUUACAGAUUGUUCGAUUAAAUCAAUGUAGACUAGCUGAGAAAGAAAGAUCAAAAAAUUCUCAAAGAGCUUCUUUCUUUGAUGAUCUUGGGAUAUCACGAGAAGAUACUCAAAGUAAUCCUCCGAUUAUUCCUGCAACUCGUGGAAUGCCCCAAUUACAUAUUGGGAGAUCAAAAACAAUGGACUUAAGAAAUCCAUCACUUGAAUUAGUUACGCCAGGAAUUAAUAUGAACUUUGAUAAUACUUCAAUAAAUACCCUUAAACCUGAUCAUUCUCAACAAACUAUGAACCUUCAUUCUUAUCAAAGAUCUCUUUCUAAUAUUCUUUUCCGUCAAAAAGCAAGCAAGACUACAGUAGAACCUCUUAAUAACUCACUUCUUAUAAAUAAUCAAGUCCCAAAAGAUGGGCCUAUUCCACCUGAAACAACUCGUGAAGUUAAGGAAUCUUUUUCACAACCUGAUAUACGCUCAAAAGAAAUUAAUAAUGAAAUAAUGGAUAUUAUUAAAGAUGUCAAGAUUAAUAGGAAAAUCCCCCCAUACGGAUUUAGUAUUAAAGUUAUUCUUAAACAGAUAUUUUAUAUAUUUCAAAGAAGUGGUCAAUCUGCUUAUCUAGCUUGUUUUCUUGACAAUUCUUUAGAGCUUUCCCAAUUUCAGAAUAUUAGACUUUCAUUGGCAUUCAUAAUUCCACUUAUAUCCCAAAUUAUUAUUGUUAUUUUAUGUAGAAAUACAAAUUCCCAAGAUCCUCAGAGUCAGUGUUAUUCAACUUGGUUUUUCCCAUACUUGAGUAAUGCCAAACAUUCCAAUACUGCACCCUGUAGUGCUGGAUAUAUAGGUAUAGUCCUAAUAAAUGCAAUUGGUUAUAUAAUCCUUUGGUAUGGUACCUGUGGAGUUGUGGAGAUAAUAGGAGGAGCUUUCUACCAAAUGGUUAUUCUUAAUUCCUUUUUUUUUGUUGUUCAUACAAUUAGAAAUUCUACAUAUAUAGAUCCAUAUUUAUCUAGAAAUGGAAUUGAUGUUGCUUACAUUUUAGUACUCCUUUGUAUGUGUCCUGCAGCUUUGUUACUCUUGUUUAAUUACUUUCCUUUAUCAAGUGCUUUCCUAGGACGCAAAUUUCUCCGCUUUGCAAGUCCAAUAGGGAAAAAACAAUGGUUACAUAAUAAUGCACCUAGUCCUAAUACUCCUAAUCAGCCUAAUAUUGGAUUAAAUAAUAAGCGAAUAUCUCGCGGAUAUACCAAUGAACACUGUAGAGAAGAUGAACUUGGUUUUAUAAGUACAGGAUCUGUACUAUUACUAUUAAAUUGCAGAUAUGGACUUGCUCCAGUUAGUCUUAAUGAAUUACUAAUAGGUCCUGAUACAAUAAAAGGAAUUCGUCUCACAGAUAUUCUUCUAGGAAUUUUAUACAGAGAUAUUUUAUUUCUACUUGUUACGAGAGGAACGAUGCUUUGCAUGUGUUUUACUUGGUUCUCACUUGCAUCCUUUUUAGCUCAUAUAUUAAUAACAUUAAUUUAUGGUAUUACGGCUCACACAAUCAGAUUAUUAUCUCUUAGGCGAUAUGAACUUAAGAUCUUAUUUCAACAAGUUCUUAAAGAAAUAACAUAUGGCGAAAACACUCAGCCAUAUAACCAAUUAGUGCCAAAUUUCUUAACAAAUACAUUAGGAACUCAAGGAUUACGUAGAAAUAAAGUUAUUAAUGAAGAAUGGAGGAGUACUUUAACUAGUUCAAAUAUAUUACAACCACAAAUUAUUAAAGAGCCUACAAAAGAUAAUUUUCCUACUAUACAAAGUAUUGCACAGAUUAGUCAACCUUUCAUAUCAGCCUCAGAUAUUAUAAAGAAAUAUUGGGAAUCAGGUUUCUUUUCUUCACCUGGAAAUAUAGUUUUACCAUCAGCUUUAGGUAGUAUUCCACUUUAA